AUGGAGGGCCUUUCGACUGAGACGGGGGCCCCAUGGGGGCCCUCCGAGGGUACCUCUCAACCACCCGGUGAAGACUCACGUGAGACAGACCCACGCAUCACUGGCGAGGCGUCCUUUGUAGGGCCCCCCGGGGGGCCCCCCAGGGGUCCACUUGGGGAGCCCCUUGUGCCUGGGAGGGCCGUGGGGGCCCUGGGGCCCCCUGUAGGCUGUCGUAAGGUGUGCGUGUUGGCUUCUUCUGAAGUUCAUUUCUGCAGCACAAGUCAGAAGGGGGAGAAGGAGUUUGUUGCCGAGGCAGGAGUAUCUCUUGCCUCUCUUUUAGCAAUGCACAGGGCAUGCAGGAGCUGUGGAUACACCCUAGAGUUCGUGACGCCUUCGGGUUCCCCCCCUCCUGUUGCUUCUUUCGGGUCACUCGAGGAGGUGGGGUUGUUGUUAUCGAAGCAGCGGGAGGCUGACGCGGAGAUGCUGCUGCAGCAGCUGCAGCAAACGCAGCAGCUGCGCAAGGCAACAGCAGCAGACUACUGCUGCUUGCUGCUUCCCCACCACCUAGGUGCAGCAAUCGAUCUCUAUAACAGCACCAACACGGGGGCCCUCAUCAAGGAAUUCGGGGCCCUUAAGAAGCCAGUUGGGGUCCUCGGAUACGGCGCGUUCGCCCUAUGUGCUAAACCUCUCUCAGGGUCAGAGGGCUUUCCGUUGGCUGGCCGCCUCAUAUCCACCGUCCCUCUUGCUGAGGAGGCGCGACACCCUUACUUCGGGCUGCUGCCGCUGCACCUGGAGCUUCACUUUGCUGCUGAAGGGGCUCGCACUGCUGCAGCUCCGGGGGGGUCAGAGGGCCUCGUCAUAGACGGCCAGCUCGUCUCUGCCAGCAGCGAGACGGCCACAGAGCUCCUCCUUAGGGUCCUCAUCCUGCUCGCUUCCAUGCAACAGCAGCAGCAGCACCAAUAG